AUGAUUGUCAAAGCACAAUUUCGGAAGAAAUUCAUAAAAAUCUCAGAGGCGUGCUUUGAUUUAUUUCUAGCAGAGGUGAAAGAGAAGCUCUCAAUUCCAGACGACCUUGCUGUUACAGUGACAGAUGAAACUGGUACAGAGGUGGAUAAAGAUGUGUUUCCUGAUCUAAAGUCCACCAGUGGGAUCUUCCACACCUCAGUCUUCAGUCAGCUUGGAUACACACUGUCUCUAACUUCAAAAAGCAGUGAAGAGAGUGACUGGUUUAGUCCAAAACGAUUCAGAAAGGAUGAUGAUGAUGAUGUGGCAUCACAACGAGCACAGGUCAGAGAUCUGAUAAAACAAAUUCUACAGACAAGACCAGGUGGAGGAAAUGUGCUUAAGGAGUAUGAAGAUACAGGCACAAUUAGUGAUGACACGAGGGAAGUGAUGGUGAACAUCUCAGUUGCACACAUGAUGGAGACAGAAGGAAGGGUCCCACAUCGACUUACCAAACAGAAGUAUGGAUUGGGAAUUAUCACCUUGUUUCCCUCACUCAGAGAUCCCCAAGGAAGGACUGGAUAUGAACAUUUCUAUGAUGACCAAAAAAACACUGGAUUCUUGUCAUGGCGCCUCAAGACAGUACAAAGGGGGACAAGACCUUCUGGAAAUAAGGACGAUCCAAAAACCGAAGAAAAGGGAGGUCCUUUGCUUGACAGACAGCUAUGUUACCAAGAACAUCAGCUAGAUAAUGAUCAAAGUGUAGAGGCCAUCUCUUUGAUGAAUCAUACAAGUGAACGUGAGGUCAUCAUGCAGAAGAUGAAGGCAACAUUUGAAUACAGACAGCGCCUUGUCCAUGAUCCAGAGGGAUCCACCACCAUUCUCUCUGUUCUUCCUCGAUUCCUGGACACUAAAGGAUUGAUUCAAGUGGAACAGCUGGAGGAUGCAGUUGAAGAGAAACCACCAGACACAGCCGAAGAAGUGGAGGGGCAUAUAGGACAGUAG